UCCGAGAGCCGUACGAUGGCUGACAGGGCUGACAGAGCCUGGUGGUCGCGAACUGACCGUUACGCCCACCUGGGACGCCCGAAUAGUUAGCAACGUAUAAAUAAUAUUCACUUUGAUGGCGUAACUCGGGACAGACAGGGCAUGUAACGUGGGCUUGGCAGAGUUCAGCCCGCUUGGGCCCAGAGGAAUCUCCGGUAUAUAAAUGGAUUGACUGCUCGGGCUUACAUCGGGCUUGCGCCAAACGUCGCACAGCUAGGGCGUAACUACGGCUGUCCUGAGCUCGCCGAGCGCGCAUACCUCCGGCAGAGCAUUGGUUUAAGUCGGCGCUUUUUAGUCAUACGCCGAUUGCCCAAACGCUAGCUGGCUUUAGCCCAAGCGCUAGCCGACUUUCGCCCGACUAAAAACCUCGGGCAAGCCUCACUUCAGCCUGCUUGGGCCCGGAGUAAAAUUGCUGGCUGGGCUACUGGUUCAGUUGUGACUGGUUCAAUUGUCAAUGGUUCAGAUGUCUCUGGCUCAGUUGUCACUGGUUCAGUUGUCACUGGUUCAGUUGUCACUGGUUCAGUUGUCACUGGUUCAGUUGUCUACUGGUUCAGUUGUCCACUGGUUCAGUUGUCCACUGGUUCAGUUGUCACUGGUUCAGUUGUCUACUGGUUCAGUUGUAUACUGGUUCAGUUGUCCACUGGUUCAGUUGUCACUGGUUCAGUUGUCACUGGUUCAGUUGUCACUGGUUCAGUUGUCACUGGUUCAGUUGUCUACUGGUUCAGUUGUCUACUGGUUCAGUUGUCUACUGGUUCAGUUGUCCACUGGUUCAGUUGUCCACUGGUUCAGUUGUCACUGGCUCAGUUGUCACUGGUUCAGUUGUCACUGGUUCAGUUGUCACUGGUUCAGUUGUCUACUGGUUCAGUUGUCUACUGGUUCAGUUGUCUACUGGUUCAGUUGUCCACUGGUUCAGUUGUCCACUGGUUCAGUUGUCACUGGUUCAGUUGUCACUGGUUCAGUUGUCAUGGAACCGGUCUGGGGCAAGGUCUGGGGCAAGUCCGGCAAGUCUGGGGCAAGGCUGUCUGGGGGUUGUAGUGAUUUUGUAUUAGGGAGAGGCCAAGGCUUUACAAACCGGAGAGGCCGGGGAUAGGGGCGAGGCGGGCUGCCAAUCCAAGCUGAAGCACCAUGGCCGUCAUCGGAAUUCUUCUGACUGGACUGGCCCUCGCUGCCGGGUAUCUGCUGGCCUCGUGGCUCAGAAAACCGGCCUCUCGAAACCCGUUCGAAAGAGAUACCCGCAAGCCGGUACAGCCCCUAGUGACGGAUCAAAAGCUGAGGGAUAAAGUGCUCAAACAAUCGUUCUCGGCGGACCGCGUUCCGUCCGACCUCGAUGCCAUCGUCAUUGGCAGCGGUAUCGGAGGUCUCUCCGUGGCGGCCAUCAUGGCCAAGGCCGGCAAACGUGUACUGGUGCUGGAACAACACGAUCAGGCCGGCGGCUGUUGCCACACCUACAUCGAGAAGGGUUACGAGUUCGACGUUGGUAUCCACUACAUCGGAAACCUGAACACACAAACGCCCUCCAAAACCCUGCUGGACCAACUCACCAACGGCCAACUGCAGUGGGCGCCACUCGAUGAUGAGUUUGACACUGCCGUGUUCGGAGACAACCGCUACUCGGUGCUCGGUGGGGGCCGCAAACGCUGGAUUGAGAACAUCAAGAAGCAGUUCCCCGACAACAUUGAUGAUGUCGACAGGCUGUGUGACGCCGUGAUCCGCUGCAAGAAGAGCAACUUCUACAUGGCCGUGGUGAAGCUCCUGCCGGUGUGGCUCAGCCAGCUGCUCGUACAGACGGGUCUGUUCAGUCUCAUCUCAGACAUUUUCAAAUGGAACGACCGCACCGUGCUCGACGUCGUCUCGUCUGAGACGAAGAACAAGGACCUUCAGGCGUACUUUAUGUACUGUUUCGGCGACUACGGUACAGCCCCGGACAAGGCCGGCUUUCCCAUGCAGGCCACCCUACUGGGACAUUUCUGGAACGGCGGCGCGUACCCGAUUGGCGGUGGCUCUGAGAUUGCCUUCCACAUGAUCCCAGUGAUUGAGGAGGCCGGAGGACGCGUCCUGGUCAGGGCGGAGGUUUCUGAGCUGCUGAUGGACGAGCUCCGCAGCGCAGUGAUCGGUGUCAAGGUGAAGAAGGCUAGCGGAGCGGUGGUGGAUGUCAGGGCCCCGAUGGUCAUCUCCAACGCAGGCAUUUACAACACGAUGCAGCGCCUGGUGCCGCGGCCGGUGGCCGAGACAUCACGUCUGUGGCCGGUGACCAAGCUGCCCCACUCUCUGCCUGGCUUCUCGGUGUUUGUUGGAAUCAACGCGCCGCUGGAGAAAAUCCGCGGAGAGGGAGACAGCCGGAUCUCGGCACGGAACUGGUGGGUCUUCACCAGCAACGACCUGACCAAGUGCUGUGACGACUACAUGUCGCUCUCGGUGGAAGAGGCUCUGGAUAGCGACGUACCGCUGCUCUUCAUAUCGUUCCCUUCCACCAAGGAUCCCGAGUGGGAGAAACGCUACCCAGGCAAGACCACGAUGGCGAUCGUCUCCCUGGCCAACUACGACUGGUUCAAGCAGUGGGAGAACGAGCGAUGUAAGAAGCGCGGGGCCGACUACGAGGGAGUCAAGAACACCAUCGGAGACCGCAUGGUGGCACAGGCGACCAGGCUCUUCCCGCAGAUCAAGGACCACAUCGACUACGUGAGCUGCGGCAGCCCGCUGAGUAACAACUUCUACCUGGCGGCGCCGCGGGGGGAGAUGUACGGGCUGGAUCACAGUCAGCAGCGGUUCAGCGCAGAAAACCAGAUCCUCCUCCGACCCGAUACCGACAUACCCGGUCUGUACCUGACGGGCCAGGACAUUCUGAGCGGAGGCGUCACGGGAGCUCUGUACGCCGGAGUUCUCUCCGCCGGAGUCAUCCUCGGCAGAAACUGUCUGAAUGACGUCGACGAACUCCACAAGCGACUGGAAAAGGCGAAGUAGAGAGCGGCAGUGGAGGAGAAUUGGAGAAGGGGGUAGUUCGGAGGUAUGUCUACUCUUUGAGGGUUUGUAAGGGAAAAUUAGUUGAAAAAGAGCAUUGAGAGACAGACGAGGUUUUGAUUUUCCACUCUGUUUGACUCAGUGAAUGGUAGCGUUUAGAAGAGAGUGGGAGAAAAAAAGAAAAUGAGAGAGCUGGGUAGAGAGGUUGGGUACGCCGGAAACGAAACUGAAAGUGUGUGUGGCAGAAUGACGAGGAUGGGCAGUUAGGCAGCGUUUGUGCUAGUUUCUCUUUUGGGAGUAUUUUGGUAUGUUUGUAUCGCGGCUUUUUAACACUGUACGUCUAUUUUCGUAGAUGUGUUGCAAAUAAUAACAGUGAGCUGAUGCUUCGCUAUAUAAUACUGCCCCGAGAGACAAAUGUUACGGCGGAAAGCUGUGCGUACUGCGUAUGUGUUUUGACUUGUGAUUUGGAAUCAGGACGCUGGAAUUUAGAUGUGAUAUUCCGAGCGAUACUGCCCGAAAUAUUUUAUCUUUGGCCAGUAUCGCCAAUGCAGCUGAUGUACGAGUAUGUAUGCAUAAUUAUAUAAUAUGAUCCCUUUCGGGUUUUGGUGCGAUGAUGGUGGCUAGUGCAUGUGGUUAUAUAUCACUGACUAGAAGAGUACUGCCGGUGCGACUUUGCACGCAAAUUGAGCCAGGAAGCUAAUCGAUGAGCUGGUGUUGUUGGGAGGAUGUGUCUGACUUGAAUAUGCUUACUUGGAAUAAACGAUGCACUGGAAACUUC